AUGCUCACUCCCAAAAACCGCAUCUUUGCUGAAGGCCAGUUCGUUUUACCCGACUACGAGGCCACAAAUGAUAUCAUUGAUCUGGACACACGGCGAUGGUACAAGGUGAGCGGCCCGCCCGCACUCGAGGAUCAGGAUCUCGCGAGGGAUGCGGCACUCAAAAUCCUAGACCUAUUGGACCCUGCAGUGGUUACAUUUGUCGUUUCUGAAAACGGAAAGCUCAUUGCGACAGGCUUGGAUCCGAGAGACGAUCCAACGCCAGCAAUCAUAUAUCCCCGUUGCCCAGUCGAGCUAUCACCCAACGAUACCCUGACUCGUACUCAGCUGGUGGAAGUCGACCGCCUAGGCCGCGAGGUCGAUCUCGUAAGCUACGAGUCAGGUGAGAAUAUGGUGCUGGGAGUAUUCAAGUAUGCAAUAAGACCGAGCAACGUGCAAAGGGUAUGGAAGGAACUCCACAUCUUGAAGGCUCUGGCGGCACAUCCAUCCGUCAUUCCUGUGGACCGGAUCAUUCUUGAUGAAGUUGAGUCUCGAGUAGUUGGCUUUACAACGCGUUUUGAACCCGGGGGCAAUCUGGACGUCAAUAAGACGAUCCCCUUUCGCUUCCGCUGGCUGGAGCAACUGACUUCUUUUGUGGAUUAUUUGAACCUUCGUUGUGGCAUCAUGCAUGCCGAUCUUCAAGCUCGAAAUCUCCUGGUGAAUGCGGCAGGAGAUCUCAAAGUGUUCGAUUUCAACAUAUCAUCCAAAAUCAAUCCCGUCGAUCUUGACUACGUAGCGUUCAAGAAGGGCAGCAUGCAUGAUGUCCAUGGGGUCAUCUUCACUCUCUACGAGCUGCUUACAUUUGAUGAGCAAUACCGAGAUUUUCUCACGAGGCACGAGGAUGUCUCGUUAGUGGAAAGUCUGGCACAUUGGCCUAUCAAGAGGCCAAUUGAACCUGGGACAGACGUGGCGGCUUGCCGGAGAUUUCUAGAGCGGUGGGUUGAGGAUCGCAGAACAAAGCGCACGAUUCAGAAUCAUUCUGAUGCUACUGAGCCCCUUGAUUGGCCGCCACUCCCUAUCCCCGAACCCGAGGACCGAGGACCGUUUCAGGAUCAAGAUUCGAGGUGGUGGCAAAAACCUUCCUAUCAAACCCGAUAUUCUGCCCUUCGAGAGGGAAAGUACGUAGUACCAUGGGAGCGACCACCUCAGAGUGAUGUGGAUGCUCGUAGAGCCGAGCGUCAUCAAGAAGUCGUUGCGGGGAGUGCUCGCUCGGAGCUCAAGGAAUGA